AUGAUGACCUCUCAAUCCUCCCUAUUAUCAUAUUUUCCCACGGGAGAUUAUUACACAAAGAAGGAAAACGUUGGGAGAAUCGGUGCGAAUGGUAAUUCUUGUCUUUUCAAAACUAAUACUACCUAUGGAGCACUUAGCCAUAAAAAUGGAGGGCUUAGCUACACUAGUACUGUUGGUUUUCGGCUCAAUUUUGGGCUUUCUGCAAAUCCCGUCCGGACAGCCCUCCGCACAACAAGCUACCCUACUGCUAGAGCUUAUCCAAACCAGAAUAAUGGAUACGUUCUUCCUGCAAAGUGGAAGAAAGUUGAUGUGCAUAAGCGAGGCCUCAUCACUGACGAAGGGGGAUAUCAGCAAACUUUUGUUAUUCGAGCUUGCGAAAUUGGUCCUGACAAGGCUGCUACAAUGGAGACCAUCCUUGGUCUUCUUCAGGAAACAAGUUUGAACCAUAUUGUGCUGUUAGGAAUCGUUGUUGACGGAUUUGGUGGCACUCAUGGGAUGAAGAGUCACAAUCUGGCAUGGGUUAUCUCAAGAGUGGAGGUUGAAGUGGAUCGUUAUCCCGGCUGGUAA